AUGGCUCCCCUCCCGGGGAACGAAGCUGAUUAUCUACGAGAAAAAACACGCCGUGAUUUGCUGGGCCUUCUCGAAGGCGUACGCGGAAAGAAGAACUUGGUCAUCAGCAAAGACCUGGCUGGUCCGGUCGGGCUGUUUGUCAAAUUCUCUGUGCUCCAGGACUACGGCGUCGAUCGCGUCUUCCUACUGGAGAAUGCCAAUGUUGACAGUUCGCAACGCAAUGUGGUGUUUCUGGUCCAUGCUGAGAAGGUAAACCAGGUGGCUACAGUUUCUGAGCAGAUCAAGAAAUUGCGCCAAACUAGUAGUUUAGAACACGACAUUUCAAUCUUCUGGGUCCCCCGGCGGACUUUCGUAAGCGAUGCACUCUUAGAAGAAGCAGGCAUCAUAGGAGAUGUAAACAUCGCCGAAUUGCCAGUCUAUUUCCUUCCAUUAGAGCAUGAUGUCUUGUCGCUCGAACUGGACGACUCCUUCGGCGAUUUAUAUUUGUAUAAAAACCCAGCAAGCGUGUAUCAUUCGGCCAAGGGGUUGAUGAAUAUCCAGCGACGCCAUGGAUACUUUCCUCGUAUCACCGGAAAGGGAGACAACGCCCGGAAGUUGGCCGAUCUCCUGGUUCGUAUGAGAAAGGAGGUUGAAGCAGAGCAGUCAUCGACUGCUGGUCCCGACUACGGCAACAUGCUUCCAAGUUCCUCCAUUGAACAGCUUAUAAUUAUCGACCGAGAGGUUGACUUUGGCACUCCGCUUUUAACACAACUCACGUACGAAGGGUUGAUUGACGAGUUUGUCGGGAUCCAAAAUAAUCAAGCGGACGUGGAUACUAGCAUUGUCGGGCCUGCCGGUCAGCCUGCUGCUGCUCCCGCGCCGUCUACUAAACCGGGAUUGAAGCGCAAGAUCCAGCUUGACUCUUCCGACCAGCUAUUCAGCCAACUGCGCGACACCAACUUUGCCAUAGUUGGUGAUAUACUGAAUAGGGUUGCCCGAAGACUAGAGUCUGAUUAUGAAACCCGGCAUUCUGCUCAAACCACGGCUGAACUCCGAGAGUUCGUGAACCGUCUGCCAGCGUACCAGCAAGAGCAUCAAAGCUUAAAGGUGCAUACCAAUUUAGCAGAAGACAUCAUGCGUCAGACACGCUCAGAUAUCUUCCGCAAAGUUCUCGAAGUUCAGCAAAGCCAUGCUGCUGGGAUAGAUUCAAGUUAUCAACACGGCAAUGUUAGCGAAUUGAUAGCUCGCAAUGUGCCACUGAAGACGGUUCUUCGCUUGCUGUGCCUCGAAUCGUGCAUGUCGGGCGGCCUCCGUGCCAAGGACCUGGAUCAUUUCAAACAAGAGAUCUUGCAGGCCUACGGUUAUCAACACCUUCUCACCUUCCGUGCUCUUGAGAAAAUGGAACUUCUCCAGCCGCGAGGUUCGGCGACGGCGAUGCUCCUCCCCGGCGCGGUGGGCGGUGUUGUCGCCGGCACAAAAACCAACUACAACUACCUGCGCAAAAACCUGCGGCUUGUGGUUGAAGAAGUCAGCGAAAAGGAGCCGAAUGACAUAUCAUACGUCUACAGCGGGUUUGCACCGCUGUCUGUACGGCUGGUACAGUGUAUCUUGCAAAAACCAUACAUGGUGUCUCUGAUCAAGGGCGGGCCGCCUGCCGCAGCAGCUCCAACGGCACAGAUCAAUACAUCCAACACGUCUUCGCCGGGCUGGAUCGGCUUUGAGGAGAUUGCCAAGUCUGCUCGUGGCUCGACGUUUAGCAUUGUGCAAAAGGGCGACGAGAGAGCAGUGCGGGCGAGACAGACAUUGAUGUCUGGGGGACAUCUGAACGGCAGCCACAAGACGGUUUAUGUCAUGUUCCUGGGCGGGAUUACAUUCACGGAAAUUGCUGCGCUGAGGUACAUCGCGUCGCAGGAAGCGGCGACGCGGAAGAUUGUCAUCUGCACCACGAGCAUCCUCAGCGGCGACCGGAUGGUGGGUGCAGCGAUUGAGGGAGGGAGCCUCCAGGCGGCCGCAAUGUAG